GUCAAGCUUUUCUGAUUCGAGCACUGUUGAACAAUCUACUCCUACUCAGGGCAAGAUAUAUCACCCCAAUUAAGCGUCAAGGAAUUCGCCACGACCUGCUCGGUGAUUAUCCUUGUGUGUCUUAUAAUUGCACUGAUCCUCAAAAUAUGUCGCAAUACCAUGUACUGCCUUCGACGCCGAGUAGAUCGAGCCGCACGGCGCGAAGAACGACGAGCUCAGCUCGCCUAUAGAUCUGCAGCUCGGCGGUUUAGAUGGCAAGAGUGGUGGGAAAGAGGAACCCAGGAACCCGAACAGAUCGCCCCGCUUGACCAUGACUUACCGCCCAUUCGAAAACCGGAGCAGAUCCUGCAGACUGAGGCUGUGACUAACCCAUCUCUCAACUCUGGGGCCAUGCAGGCUGAAAUACAAGACCUCAGACGGGCAUUUGAGUACGUCGAUGAACUUGUUCGACAGCCAAACGGUACCUUGGAAGAGUCGUAUCCCUCUAGGAAAGAUGUGGGUCCUAAUGUCGCCGAAUAUCUCGAUGUAAGAAGCAAACCGCCAAAUUCGAUAGCCUCAUCGAACGCCAGUCUCUCGACAGUUACAUCGAUAGGAACUACAAGUCUGACGAAUCUGGAUACUACUUCGUCUGCUACUAUAGAUACGUUGGAAAUUACAGAUACUGCCGUGCCCAGCUACCAUGAGUGAUUCGAUUCAUGCGUAGAAACGAUAUACAAAUGACGGCAUGGAUUUGAUGACUCAUGAGCGCUGAUAUUACAUUUG